UGUGUCCAUUACGUAUGGAAAGACAAUGUUUCUUGAAACGUAAACACACUAGAAUCUUAGCUGUAUCACUCCUUUAUAUUCUGUACUUCCUCUACUCUAGGAACUGCAAUAUUUUCUUUAUUUUUUCUUCUGCCGCCACCCUCCCUCCCUCAAACCCCACAACCAAAAUCUUUUGAGUCUAUCACAUUGAUUUGAUAGAGGAGCUAGUAUGGAAAGCGACGAUGACUAUACGAAGGAUGGGACCGUGAACAUCUACAAAAAACCUGCGAACAAGAAGAAAACCGGAACCUGGAAGGCCUGCCCCUUUAUCCUUGGGGAUGAAGGAUGUGAGCGAUUGGCGUAUUAUGGUAUGAGUACAAAUUUGGUGAACUAUAUUAAAAAAAGGCUCAAUCUAGGCAUUGCUGCUUCUUCAACAACUGUAACCAAUUGGCAAGGAACCUGCUAUCUCACGCCAUUGCUUGGAGCAUUCUUGGCUGAUGCCUAUCUUGGGCGAUACUGGACAAUUGCUGGUUUCUCACUCCUUUAUAUCAUUGGAAUGGCACUCUUGACAAUAUCUGCUUCUGUAAGUGGACUAAAGCCAGUCUGUAAUGAUGUUACUUGCCACUCAACAUCAUCACAGAGAACAGCAUUCUUUGUUUCAAUUUACUUGAUUGCCUUUGGAACUGGUGGCAUCAAACCUUGUGUCUCUUCCUUUGGGGCAGAUCAAUUUGAUGACAAUGACGAAAAGGAAAAGAAAAAGAAGAGCUCUUUCUUUAACUGGUUUUACCUCUCAAUCAAUGUCGGUGCUCUUAUCGCUGCAUCAGCUCUAGUAUAUAUACAAGAAAAUGUGGGCUGGAGCUGGGGUUUUGGUGUUCCAGCUGUGGCUAUGGCCAUUGCACUAGCUUUUUUCUUUUCAGGCACCCGUCUAUAUAGGCUCCAGCCCCCAGCAGGGAGUCCCCUGACUCGUAUAUUGCAGGUAUUUGUUGCGUCUAUCAGAAAAUGUCAUGUCAAACCUCCUCAUGACGAGACUCGUCUCUACGAGACUACUGAUAAGGAAUCCAGCAUCAUAGGAAGCCGCAAGCUUGAGCACUCGAAUGAGUUCAGGUUCUUUGACAAGGCUGCUGUGGAAACUGGAUCUGAUAAAGUCAAUGGAUCAGUGAGUCCGUGGAGUCUCUGCACAGUGACUCAAGUUGAGGAGGUCAAGUCGAUCAUCCGUCUUCUCCCUGUAUGGGCUACUGGUAUUGUGUUUUCCUGUGUCUACAGUCAGAUGAGCACAAUGUUUGUUCAACAAGGCGGUUAUAUGGACAAACACAUUGGCCCAAACUUCACCAUUCCAGAAGCAUGUCUAUCCAUAUUUGACACACUCAGCGUUAUUUUCUGGGCACCUUUUUAUGACCUUGUCAUCAUUCCCUGGGCACGAAAAUAUACAGGUAAUGAACGAGGAUUCACCCAGCUACAGAGGAUGGGUAUCGGUCUUGUUAUUUCAGUUUUUGCCAUGGCUGCUGCUGCGGUUCUGGAGAUCGUUCGGCUUGACUAUGUAAGGAGGAACAACUAUUAUGACCUCAAGAGCAUUCCUAUGUCAAUCUUCUGGCAAGUUCCUCAAUAUUUCUUGAUUGGAUGCGCAGAGGUGUUCACAUUCAUCGGUCAGCUGGAGUUCUUCUAUGACCAGGCUCCUGAUGCCAUGAGAAGUUUGUGUUCAGCCCUGAGUCUUACAACUACUUCAUUAGGAAAUUACCUAAGUACUCUCAUCGUUACAAUCGUGAACAAUGUGACCACAAGGCACGGGAAGGUUGGAUGGAUUCCUGACGAAAACUUGAACAGAGGCCACCUUGACUACUUUUACUGGUUAUUGGCAAUCCUCAGCAUCAUCAACUUUUUCGUUUAUCUCUGGAUCUCGAAAUGGUACACUUACAAGAAGGUUACUGUGAAAGCCUAAACAUGAAGGCACGUUAAAUUUUGGAGAUAUGUUGAUCGCGUUUCUUCUGAGAUUCAAACUUUUCUGUAAAAUAUGGAUUAUAUCUUUUGCUAGUUCCGACAAGAAGAUGGUUUUUCUAUCCAUGAAUUUUACUUUAUAAACAUUAGUUAAGUUCCUGGGCAAACACUUUCUUGGCUUGUUGAUUAAUCUUGGUCUUCUUUGAAA